GCUGCCGUCGAGUAUAAGCUGGCUGUGACGAGCCCACACCACGGUCCGCCGCUGAGUCUGGCUCACACGGGCAGCAUAAGGUGCAGCGUGUGAAGACAGGAGCGCGCCUACCUCAGCUGGGGGCUCUGAACAUCCGGCAGCGUCUCGAUUUAUUGUCGUUUCUAUUGCAUUGAGCACACACGCGCGCAUAUAUAUUAAAAACAAACAACAGCGCCAUUAUGUUGUGGACGGCGAGUCAAGUCUUGAGGAAAUUCUCCACUUCAUCCCAUCAUUACCAGAACAAGUUAAAGCUAGCAAUUAUUGGCCAGAGCCUGUUUGGUCAGGAGGUCUACAGCAACCUGAGGAAGCAGGGGCACAAGGUGGUGGGUGUGUUCACGGUCCCUGACAAGGAUGGCAAGGCUGACCCCCUGGCGGUGGCAGCAGAAAAAGAGGGGACACCUGUGUUCAAAUUCCCACGGUGGCGGGUUAAGGGGAAACCCAUCCCAGAAGUGGUGGAUGCCUACAAGGCGGUGGGUGCUGAGCUCAAUGUCAUGCCCUUCUGCUCACAGUUCAUCCCCAUGAACGUCAUCGACCACCCAAAGCAUGGCUCCAUCAUCUACCACCCCUCCAUCCUGCCCCUGCACAGAGGAGCCUCAGCAAUCAAUUGGACUCUGAUCCAUGGAGAUAAGAAAGCCGGCUUCACAGUGUUCUGGGCUGAUGAUGGACUGGAUACCGGACCCAUCCUGCUGCAGCGCGAGUGUGAUGUCGAGCCCAAUGACACCGUGGACACACUGUACAACCGCUUCCUCUUCCCCGGGGGCAUCAAGGCUAUGGUGGAGUCUGUGCAGCUCAUUGCUGAUGGAAAAGCCCCUCGGACUCCUCAGCCAGAGGAAGGAGCGAGCUAUGAAGGCAUUCAGAAGAAAUCCAACGCCAAGGUGAAUCUGGCACAGCCAGCCGAGGCGAUCCACAACUGGAUCCGUGGCCACGACAAAGUCCCCGGUGCUUGGACGGUCAUUGAUGGCCAGUCUGUGACCCUUUAUGGCUCCUCCAUGUUGGGGGGGUCUGUACCCGAGGGCCAGCCGCUGGACAUCGAGGGGGCUUCUCAGGCUGCUCGUGUCACCAAAAACGGGCUCGUCCUGUAUGGAACUGACGGCAAAGCACUCCUAGUGAAGAACCUGCAGUUUGAAGAUGGGAAAAUGAUUCCUGCUUCCAAAUAUUUCUCUUCUGGAGAAAGCGCCAGUGUGGAGCUGACCGAUGACGAGAAGACAAUGGCAGAGGAGAUCAGGAACAUCUGGAAGGGCAUCCUCAGCAACGUGCCAGCCAUUGAGGACACCACAGACUUCUUCAAGUCCGGCGCCGCCUCCAUGGAUGUGGUCAGACUGGUUGAGGAGGUGAAGCAGAAGUGUGCUGGCGUGCAGCUACAGAACGAGGAUGUGUACAUGGCCACCACAUUCCAGGACUUCAUCCAGAUGUUUGUCCGCAAGCUGCGAGGAGAGGACCAGGAGGAGGAGCUCGUCGUUGAUUAUGCAACCAAAGACGUAAACAACAUGACAGUGAAAAUGCCAUAUCAGUGUUUCAUCAACGGCAAGUUUGAGGAUUCAGAAAAUGGAAAGACCUAUGAUAGCAUCAGCCCCACUGAUGGAUCCGUGAUCUGUAAGGUGUCUUAUGCCUCAGUGGGUGAUGUGGACAGAGCUGUGGCUGCUGCCAAAGAAGCUUACGAAAAUGGGCCCUGGGGCAAGAUGAACCCCAGAGACAGAGGAAGUCUUCUUUACAGGCUUGCUGACCUGAUGGAGGAACAUCAGGAGGAGCUGGCCACCAUCGAGUCCAUCGACUCAGGAGCCGUGUACACGCUGGCCCUCAAGACACAUGUCGGCAUGUCCAUCCAAACCUUCCGUUACUUUGCUGGCUGGUGUGACAAGAUCCAGGGUAAGACGAUUCCCAUCAACCAAGCCCGGCCCAACCGCAACCUGACCUUCACUAAGAAAGAGCCUCUGGGUGUGUGUGCCAUAGUCAUCCCGUGGAACUACCCUCUCAUGAUGCUGGCGUGGAAGAGUGCAGCUUGCCUGGCAGCUGGAAACACGCUGGUUCUCAAACCUGCACAGGUCACUCCACUGACCGCACUAAAGUUUGCUGAGCUUUCAGUGAAGGCAGGCAUCCCAAAAGGAGUCAUCAAUAUUUUACCAGGCUCUGGUGGUGUGGUGGGACAGCGUCUGUCCGAGCACCCAGACAUCCGCAAGCUGGGCUUCACCGGCUCUACGCCUAUCGGCAAACAGAUCAUGAAGAGCUGUGCAGUCAGUAAUCUGAAGAAAGUUUCUCUGGAGCUCGGGGGGAAGUCCCCCCUCCUCAUCUUCAGUGACUGCGACAUGGAUAAGGCUGUUCGCAUGGGCAUGAGCUCGGUGUUUUUCAACAAGGGCGAGAACUGCAUCGCUGCCGGCCGUCUCUUUGUGGAGGAGUCCAUACACGACGAGUUCAUUGACCGAGUGGUGGAGGAGAUCAAGAAGAUGAAGAUCGGAGACCCCCUGGAUCGCUCCACAGACCACGGCCCACAGAACCACAAAGCCCACUUGGACAAGCUGCUGGAGUACUGUGAGAUCGGGGUGAAGGAGGGAGCCACACUGGUGUACGGAGGCACACGGGUCGACAGGCCAGGUUUCUUCAUGGAGCCCACCGUGUUCACUGAUGUGGAGGACCACAUGUUCCUCGCCAAAGAAGAGUCCUUUGGUCCCGUCAUGGUGGUGUCCAAAUUUAAGGACGGAGAUGUGGACGGCGUGCUGCAGAGAGCCAAUGACACGGAGUACGGUCUGGCUUCAGGCGUGUUCACGCGCGACAUUAACAAGGCCAUGUAUGUGAGCGAGCGGCUGGAGGCUGGAACCGUGUUUGUGAACACCUACAACAAGACUGAUGUUGCCACACCUUUUGGGGGUUUCAAGCAGUCAGGCUUUGGCAAAGACCUCGGUGAGGAUGCUCUCAUGGAAUAUCUCAAGACCAAAGCAGUGACAGUGGAAUACUGAGGCUCACAAUCUCCCAAUGAACUCUGAACAAGAACAGGAACUCUGUGUGUGUGUGUGUGUGUGUGUGUGUGUGUGUGUGUGUGUGUGUGUGUGUGUGUGUGUGCGUGUGUGUGUGUGCGUGUGUGUGUGUGCGUGUGCGCGCGUGCGCGUGUGUGUGCGCAAAUGGUUCAGAGCAUGUGUACUGUAUGAGUGAUGGGGGAAAGCUUGGUUGACCUUGAGGUGGACAACAUGCCUUCUUUGUUUUGCGGUCAUGUUUCCACAGCUGGUCCCUGAGGAGCCGAGCUGCUCCUGGCUGUACUUUUAAAGAUGUAAAAAUAAUUAGCACAGCAAAAAAUCUAAACACUAUCAGUUAUCUUCACUGAUUCGUCCAUAGUCAUGCUGCCUUCUUCAUCCCUUUAAGACCUUUUUACAAUGUUUUUUACCUUUCUCUGGUUUUUCAUUCUUGGAUCACCUGAUCUGUGUACUGCCAUCAGGGUGCCGUGUGUGCUGGAUGCUUUUCGGCUCACGUUUACUCACCCACGAAUACUGCAGCUUUGUGUAGGCUGCAAACAAAAUAGCAAUAUUAAACAUCCAUACUGGUCAGAAAAAUGGGGAUGUUUGAGUCUAGAAAGCAGCAUUAAAAUAGCUUUACAAAUUUUCAGGAAGCUUCCUGAUCAGCGGUGCUCAGCACACAGUUCUGGAACAAGGCUAGGAAAACAGAAGACACGUAAACCGUGUGAGAAGCAGGAUAAACUGAGGCCAGCGGUCAGGACAUCACUGUUUGGAUAGACGUCGAUCUCUUUGGCUGUAAAUGUAAACUUUUCUGACUUUCUGAUCAGACCCACAGAUCUUUGAUGAAUGUUAAUGAUGAAAACAAUGUAGAAACUGAUUUUAAGCUUUCAGAUUUUAGUCAGAACAACUACAUAAGAGCUCAGAGACUGGAGCGUGUAAUCCAGAGCAGUUAAGUCACGUUUUAAGUUCCUUUCAGCUUUUCCUCGUGUUUCGGGUCAUUUUCUUUGGUUCGCUGCGUCACAUCAAACAAUCCUGAUUUCCUGAAAUGGUUGCUUAGCAGCUGAAUUUAAAAUGUCAAAGAAUCAAUGUGAGAUAUUUCUAAGCUGUGAUGAACCGCCUCGAGCUGGGUGCUGCAUUAGAACUGAGCUAAGCCAGUAUUUAACGUCACUGUUAGUUUAGCUGUUUACAUCACGUCCGUUCAGACAUCCUGACACAUCCACUCGGUGUCCAAACGUCACUUUCUGUGUAAAUACUUUUUUAAACAGGUUAAAAAGACUCUUUGAUACAUUUUGACCUUGUAUUUGUGAACUGCAGCAGGACUAUGUAGUGUUCUCUAUUCAUUAAAGUACACCAGCCAGAUGUUUUAUACAUCGAUCAUGUGACAAAGUUGUAAACUUAAUUUUCUAAUUAUGCCACAUUGUCAGUGAAGGCAGCGCGGGCUACGAUGCAAAUGUUUCUCAGUCUUUAUGAGAGCGAUCGUGUCAAUAAACAGUAAGGCUCCAGCAA